GCAUGGCGGGAGGGGCGAUAUGCUGCUGUGCCAUUGCGCGGCCGACUGCGCGAUGCUGGGGAGAGGCGGGACAGCGUCCAGCGGGAAGAAUGCCGGUGGUUGCCAGGUGUGAAUCAUCAUCGCAGCCAGAUCCAGAGCCGCUGCUCGUUCAGGCAGCCAGGGGCCAAUCCGUGGCGAGGCCGCCGGCGUGGAUGAUGCGUCAGGCCGGGCGAUACAUGGCAGCGUAUCGCAAAUUGGCAGACAAGCAUCCCUCCUUCCGCAAGAGAUCCGAGGAGACGGAUCUUAUCGUGGAGAUUUCGCUGCAGCCCUGGAAAGCAUUCAUGCCCGACGGCGUCAUCAUCUUCUCCGACAUCCUCACUCCACUCCCCGCGAUUGGAGUGGAGUUUGAGAUCGAUGACGCCAAAGGCCCCAUCAUCAGCGACCCAGUCGUGUCGGUGGAGCGAGCAUCGCAGCUGCAUUCCAUCGAUCUCUCACGCCUCGAGUUCGUCGGCGACUCGUUGAGAACUCUUCGAAGAGAGGUAGGGAGUGGAGCUGCUGUUCUUGGAUUCGUCGGUGCGCCGUGGACGCUGGCAACUUAUCUCAUCGAGGGCCGCUCCACUCGAACUUACAAGAAGAUCAAAGGCAUGUGUUACGAGAAUCCGGAGCUGCUCAAGUCGAUACUCGACCACCUUGCAAAUGCGAUCGGGGACUACCUCGUGUUUCAGAUACAAUCCGGUGCUCAGUGCGUCCAAAUAUUUGAUUCCUGGGGUGGCCAACUUACGCCAGUUCAAUGGGAUCGCUGGUCAAAACCGUAUAUUUGCAAGAUGAUCAGGACUGUCAAGGACAAGUGUCCUGGAGUUCCGAUCGUCCUCUAUGCGAAUGGAAACGGGGGCCUCCUGGAAAGAAUGAGUGACACCGGAGCUCAUGUCAUCGGCCUGGAUUGGACAGUGGAUAUGCUGGAUGGUCGAAAGAGGCUGGGAGAUUCCGUGGCUGUUCAGGGAAAUGUGGAUCCCUGCGUUCUUUUCGGUCCGGAAUGGUCGAUCACCGAAGCCGUGGUCGACGUCGUGAGAAAGGCUGGAAACAAGGGUCACAUCCUCAAUCUGGGACACGGCGUCUUGGUUGGCACCCCGGAAGAGAGUGUCGCACAUUUUUUUCAAACGGCACGGAGCCUGUCGCUGGACAAGCUGGGCUCUUUAUCUGCACAAUUUGCAGCAGCAGCAGCAUCGUGAGAAUGUUGCUAGCUGUUUUUUUUUUUUCUUCCUUCUUCUUCUUCUCUCUUUCUCUCUCUUUCUCUUUCUCCUCACCUGGCCUGGAGAAAAAGCUUUGCAGCAAAAGAAGCAAGGAAUCCAUCCAUGAGGAUCAUUUCUCUUGCAGAGCGUAGUGCACUUGACGACGA